AUGAAAAGAAGACAUGAUGACAAUCUCAAAGUGAUUGAUAUUUUCCUUCAAAAGAAUAUUAAGAUUAACAUGCUUCAAUCAAUAUAUACUGGAUAAUCAUAAUACAAGACACUCAAGAUACUCUACUGGCUUGAUAUCAAUAAGAAAACAGGGCAAGUUGAGAAGAAUAAGUUGAUUGAAGAGGUGCAUACAGAGAAAGAUUUAUAAAGACAUUUGCUGAAAGAGGGAACGGAAAUGCAGAAUAAGUAUUUUUACAAUGCAAGAGAAAUAGUUGCCUUUGCUUAUAUAUAUGGUUCCCUGUAAGUAAUAACAAUGGAGAAGUUGCUAGAGCUUGGAAAGGCAGAACUGAGGUUUCUGAAUAGUAUUCAUUUUUUGAGUCCUCAAGGCCACAUACCACUUCGUGACAGCUGUUUUUACACUUUUGCAUACUCAGAUAUUAGUGGAGAGUUAAGUUAUUGUCUGGUCAAGAGAUAAUUAAUUCUAGACAACUAUCAAUAUGAACUUGGUGGAAGUGGCAGCAAAUCUGAUUCUUACUAUAUCAAAGAUGCAGCUGUCACAGAUAAUAAUCUGCUCUACAAGAUACAAAACUUCGCAUAGAAUGUUAUCAAGAUGGUAUUAAUUUGCAAGAAUCUUAAGAUUGAAAAGAUGAAUCUCGAUUUCUUUUUGGAUAAAUAAAGCAAAAUUUGGCUUAUAUCAUUAGAUAAAUGCCUUGUGAGUGAAUAAGUCAUUAAAGAUACCACCUACUACACUCAAUUUAUCUUUUAACAGAGGUUUAUUGAUCGAUAGUAGGAGCUGCAAAACUUUCUCAAAGUUCUAAAUAAGCAAGAAAAAAUAAAGAGGAAUAAGAAACUGCUAGAAGCAAAAUAAAGGUAGUUACUUCCUCUUCAAAGAAAAGAGUCCAUAAUUUCAUUGAAUAAAAAAUCAGUUGGAAGUUCCCCUUCUAGGAGGCAAAUGCUAGAUACUCCUGAGAAAUCAGUCAAUGUGAAAAAUAGGGCUAAAAAAGAAGAUGAAAUGCAGUAUAUUGAACCAUUUUCAUUUGAUGAAUUGCAUUCAAAACUAAUGGCUUAAACUGAAAGGAGAAAUAAUUAACCACCAAAAUUUAAAACUAAUGAGCCACCAAUUAGUUAUAUGAAUAUAAUGAAAGAUAUUAAAAAUCAAACCACAUCGGGUCAUUGUGAAGUACAAGAUUUUAAGAUGGUUGAGGUGAGAAAAUUGCCGAGAGAUUCAGUUUUAAGUGAGAACUAUCCAACAAAUACAUCAGCUACUCAGAGAAAAAAUAAAGUGAUUAGGAUUUCAGAAAGUUCUUUAACUUCUACAAUAGGCUAAAAGAGAUUUUCCAUUACAUCUUUGAAGACAAGAAAGGCUUCAUAAAAGUAGAAAAAGAGCUCAGAAUUGCUAUUAGCUUCUCUAAAAUUUGACUUUAAAUCCUAGUCCAGUAUCUAAUCUGAUAGAUCUAGCUAGCCAGCUUCUGCAAGAACAGCAUCUAGAAGUAACAAGUUAUUCAGGAUCACAUCAUAAACAAGGCUGAAUAAAAUUGAAAAUUAAAGGUACGAGCAUUUCGGCUAAUCAUCAUUUAAGAGAAAUAGUGUGGAUAAUAAUCUAAAGGAUUUUGAGUCAGCUUCAACAAUAGAUAAUAUUUAGAAUAACUACUAUAUGAAUAUCAAUAGCAGAGGUCCAAGUAGACUAGAGUCCCCUCUUAAAUAAAUAGACCAGGAAAGUAAUGAGACAUUUGAGAAAACUAAACUAAUGCUUGAUAGCAGGUCUGAAGACAAUAUUCCUAGAACUGAGUCGAAGUAAAAUACUCAUAAUUUGAAUGAGGAAAACUUUAAAGGAGGAGUUAAUAUACUAGAUUCAUAAACUAAUUUGAGCUAGACACUAAAUAAAAGUUAAAUUCCCUAGUUGUAACUUACAGAGUAGCAGAUAACAAUGAUUAAUCAAACAUCUCUUAGACUAAAUGAAAGAAAUGUUCAGCAAAUUACCUCUAUUCACUUUGACUAAAAAGACUCACUUAAUGCUACAGAUAUGAGUGAGCCUAGAUAAAUUGACUUCAGAAUUGGAGAAAGUAGAAAUUAAAAAAUAUUAGUUGAAGAUGAUGAUUACAAAUGA